AUGUGGCGCAAGCGCAAGUCUCCUUCUCCUGUAAUUAUAAACUCUACCGAUCGACCUCGAAGACCAGAGCCGGAGCAGGAUAUUAUCGUCAUCUCUAGUGGGGACGAAGACGACGACAACCAUUCAAGUUCUGGUUUAGACGACGACGAAUGGUACAUUAAUUGUAUUCUUGACGAGACAGAGUCACAGUAUCUGAUUGACUGGGAAGGGGAUUAUUCGCCGACUUGGGAACCCAAAGAGCACGCCAACGAUCUUGCUGUUCAGACUUGGGAAGACAAAAAGAGACAAGUCUCCCUCAAGCAAAGUCGCUCUAUUGAAGUAGAACUGAUUGAAUCUUCCUUCUCACGACUCCAAAGUUGUGACCGGGAAGGGCAAGUUCCAACACACGAGGACUCUCCAUUAUUUAUUCCAGUUGACACCGUAUUUGAAACACCGCAAUUUGAGGUGGUCAGCCAGAUCCCAGAAAGAUCGGUCAUAGAGGAAUCGCCAGAGCCAGAGCCAGCUAAAUCUGGAAGCAUUGACUCCGCAGCUUACUUUGACUUUCCCUCGCCAUCUCCACCGCCAUCGGACGUUUUUGGGUACACGUCCAAGUUUGCCAUUCCUGCAGAAUUUCGACUUCCUGAAGAAAUUCCAGAGACUUGCACUACCGCGAACACCGCAAAAAGUCCCGGAGAGGCCUCGCUUGUUACUGGUCCUCAAGAAUCUUCACUUCCUGACGUUUUUGUGUACACACCUAAGUUUGCCAUCCCUGCAGAGUAUCAACUUCCUGACGAAAUCCCGAAUACCUGCACUACCGCGAACACCGCAAAAGGCCCCAGAGAGGCUUCACUCGUUACUGGCCUUCAAGUACCGAAUUCGAGUAGUGUACUAGCUUCCGAGCUGACCAGGGAUUCCGGAAAGCCCGAGCCUGCUACGUCUCCCGCCAACCAGACUCAGGAAUUGCAUGAAAUAGCCGAGACUCCUUCUGGCGGUAGGGCCAAAUUCCAUUUUUCGAAGUCAAUACCAGACUCAAAUCCCGACAACAGAAUACUAAGCCAAGAGUCUAUACACAUAUCGCAAAUUAUUACGACAACUGAAUCCGCUGCUGAAGUCAUGGAUGACGACAAAGGCGUCCAGUUAACCGACACCAUGGAUAAAUUUAGCCAAUUCGAGGGCUCUACUCCAAGAGAAAAGAUGAAAAAUGCUUAUGCUCAGCUCACCGCCAGGCUCAGCACCCCGGUCUUCCAAGGUAACGAUGCGAGCGCCACACCGUCCUCUGCAGGGGAUAUUGAAGCUUCAGCUGCUGCUCCUGUGCCGGAAACGGCUGCGCCUCUUAGUGUCAGGGUUGAUAAAGAGCAUGAUGGCCACACACAAACAGAAGCCGCCUCGGCUCUCCCGGCGCCGUCCGUGGAAGAGACUGUACUAGAAGCUCCCCCGCAACAGGAUGUGCAAACCAUUCAGCCAAGCGCACUUACAGUCAAUCACACUGAAGAGAUACUCCCGGGGUCGGUUCACCUUGGGCCAUCAGAAUUUGCAGUAACACUCCCGAUGGACUCCCGAGUCAAGGAUGACUAUGAGCAAGUCUUAGCUAGUGAUGCGCAAAACAUUAGCGAGUUCCUCAAGAUUUCGAGCUCUCAGGAUGGUGCCGAGCACGAGGUGGAACGCCUUAAACUAAAGGUACACGAUGUACUUAAACAUUUGAGCAAUGUUGCAACGCAUCCUGAUUUGAACAUCAGUGGCCACAUCAAGGAAGCAGGGUCAGAUAUGACGAAGGAAGCCGCUUGGGCUGAAUACUCCAGCGCCAAAUUCCUCCUCUUGGGCUACUUUGUACAGCUUGCGAGUAGCCGUGACAUCCACUUGGUGAUCUUCGUGCAUAGCGAGAAGACCCAAAAGGUUAUCGAGCGCUAUCUAAUAGGAAAAGGCCUUACCUACACGCGACCGCGCGAAGAUAUGGGGGCUGGGACCAACCUCGAGGUCUCUAUGGUCAAAGACUCCUUGAGCUUCGGGAUUCAGUCGCUUAGCAGUGAUGGGAUCAUGGAAACCUACAGAAGACCCUCUGCAAUCAUCUCGCUAGACUCCUCUUUCAACGCAAAAAGCCCGUCGGUAGAGCAUAUGCGCACCACAUUCGCGCGGAACGGACAGCUGCUUCCCGUGAUCCGGCUCAUUGUUGCAAAUUCCAGUGAGCAUGUUGAGCUGUGCUUCCCCAACCCUGAUCAAAUUCAGCAGCUACGUUUGGUCAUCCAGUAUACCGUGCAUCUUCGUGAUUUGGUGGGCGACCUCCAGGACGAUGCCCUCGGUGUGCGCGAGGAUGUGGAAGAGAUUAUUACUUGUCUCCUGUCAGACAACUUCCACUCCCAUUGGUCACUGCCCCAGGUUGAACCCCUACACAUCGUGAGCCCGGAGCAACUGGUAUCUCUUCCAGUAGGUAGCCACGGUAAAACGGAUGCUGCGAGCGCGUCAAUCACGCCUGCUGCGAGUCAGAAACGUGCAUUCGUGGAAGAGGAUGAGGAGCAAGCCUCCAAAAGACUUAGGGCAGAUAUAUCACAAGACGCAACUCAGUUUACUGAGUUUUCAAAAUUCCCCAGUCAGACGUUGGAUCGUGACAUUCAAGCAUUGGAGAAGAACCUUUUGCAAAUGAGAACUUCGAAUGCAGCUGAGCGUCAAACCCUGCAGGCUUCGUUGGAUGCGAUAAUUUCUCGUCUCCAGGCGGAAGAGCAAGCUCAUGGAAAGCUCCAGCACCGUUAUGAAAGCCUAACCCGGGAUUCUCGCAAGACCCGAAAGGAGCGCGAUCAACUGUCCGAAACCAAACUUGCUGCUGAGCAAAGAGUCGAAAAGCAGAAAGAAGAGCUUGGAAAACUAAAAGAUGAGCGCACUCAGUUACGACACGAUCUGGAAAAGGCUCGAGAAGAGUUAAAGACUGGCGGCGGUAAUCUAGCAGAGUUGGAGUCCGCACGGGAAGAAAUCCGUCGUCUGACCAAGGAAAACGCUGCCUUGCAGCGGAAGGCCGAAUACGAAAGCAAGCAAACGGAGUACACGCGCGAACAGUAUCAAAAUGCAUCCAGCGUGGCAGCCCAAGCCGGAAACGAGAGUCGCCAACUCCGGGAGGAGAAUGAGGCGUUGAAACGAAAGGUGGCUGGCGACGUCACUCGACUCAAAGAGCUCAACCAGAAGAGUGACGCAGAGCGGCAUCUAUCUCGCAUCGCUGAGCUGGAGGCUACCUUGUCCAAUCGCGACGACUUGCUACGUCGGAAGGAAGAAGAACUGCGAGAAAUCCGCAAAAACCGGCCUUCUACUCGAUCUACCAGCACGCAGCCCCGAAGCCCGAAGUUGACUGCCGGUAAUAGCCGCCCUACAAGCCCAGGAAUCAACAACAAUUACUCGACUUUUUCACGGGCCAGUAAUUUGCGGUUCAGCUCUGAAAGGCCUGUCUGA